ACUGAAUAAGAUUUUGUAGGGGGAUAUAUACAAGUACAAAUUUAGAAUUCCUUAGACCUAUUUGUACGAUGAGGGGUGUUUUAUUACUCUAGCAUAAAUUGACUAUAUGGUGGUUUUGUCGUUGUCGUCGUCUUUGAUCUCACCGUAUUUGUAUUCUCAUUCUUUUAACGAGAGUCACAAAUUCUCUCUCUUGUUAAUACACAAUUGCAUCCAUAAUAAAAAAAAAACAAACUUUUUACUAUAUAAAAACAUGUGAACGGCUAUUUGCCGCCAAUCAAAUUGCUAUUUGCCGCCAACUAAAAAAAAAAAAAAAGGAAUUCAAAAUUUGAAUAUUCUCUUCCUUCCCAGUGCCUCCGUCGCCGGUAAAAAAAAAAAAAUUUUAAUUUUGAAUUUUCCCUUCCUUCCCAGUGCCUCCGUCGCCGGCAUCGUUCUUCCGUCGUUGGCUAACCUCCCGUCGCCCUCAAUCGUCGGAAAACAAGUAAGUUUACUUUUUCCGGCCAGUUUUCCAGUUUUCCGGUAAGUUUUCCAGUUUUCCGGCGAAAAACAUGGCGGGCCGAAAAAAAAUUGCGGCCCGAACGUCGCUGAGCCGAAAAAAAUUUGUGGCCGGGACGACGGCCGGCCGAAAAUCUCUUUCGGCCCGGCGACGCCACGGCCGCAAAUUUUUUUCGGCCGGUCGCCGAACACGCCGGCCAAAAAAUUUCCGGCGGCGUGUUCGUCGGCCGGCCGAAAAAAAUUUGCGGCCGGAGCGACGUCGGGCCGAAAGAAUUUUUUUCGGCCGGUCGCCGAACACGCCGGCCAAAAAUUUUCCGGCGGCGUGGUCGUCGGCCGGCCGAAAAAAAAUUGCGGCCGUGGCGUCGCCGGGCCGAAAGAAUUUUUCGGCCGGCCGUCGUCCCGGCCACAAAUUUUUUUCUGCUCGGCGACGGUCGGGCCGCAAUUUUUUUUCGGCCCGCCGUGUUUUUCGCCAGAAAACUGGAAAACUUACCGGAAAACUGGAAAACUUGCCGGAAAAAGUAAACUUACUUGUUUUCCGACGAUUGAGGGCGACGGGAGGUUAGCCGACGACGGAAGAACGGUGCCGGCGACCGACGAUUGACUUGCCUCGCGCCCGAUCUUCGUCCAAUCGACCCCGAACUCGCUAGAAAUCCAUAAUGAAAUUCAUAAGUUCAUAAUGACACUAGGGUCAUUAAAAAUACAACUAGAAAAACAACAACAUAUAAAUAUAGCAUUGCAACACGACACACGAUUUACGUGGUUCACUAACACGAAGUAUUUAUAGUACUUCUCCAUGUGGGUCUAAACCUAAUCCAAUAUGACAAAGGAAACGGUUACAGAUCAGGCCCAGAACCCGAACCCAAAUAACAUUGAGCCCAUACACCGUGGGCCGGGGGCGUUGCCCCCGCACCCCCACCGGGGCGUUGCCCCUGGACCCCACUCGCUGACCGGGCAGCGAGACCCCCGAUUACCAGUCGUAGCGGCUGAUAGUCCGAUUCAAGUCACAUCAACAAAGGGUUUAGGGUUCAGGGUUCACUUAGGGUUUAGGGUUUAGGGUUUGAAACACAUGGAUCGUGUAGCACUUUGCCCACAUUGUCUGAUGGUUAGUGAUGAUUCAUGGAUGCGUGUACGCAUUAUAUGUCGAGGAUAGGCUUUCCCGAUGAUUUUCCGACGACUUUUCCGGCGAGCGUUGAAUUUUUCUGAUUCAAUACGUUCUCUGAAAGUUGGAUAUGUUGUAGAUUGUGAAACUCCUUAACCAAAGAUGUAUAUAUAUACAUUUUUUUUCAUCGAUGAUUUUCCGGCGACUUUUCCGGCGAGCGUUGAAUUUUUCUGAUUAAAUACGUUCUCUGAAAGUUGGAUAUUUUGUAGAUUGUGAAACUCCUUAACCAAAGAUGCAUAUAUAUACUUUUUUUUUUUUUGUUGACGGCAAAUAGCAAUUUGGUUGGCGGCAAAUAGCAAGCCCAAAAACAUAGAUGAAAUGAAAGAUCCAUUAUCAUAAUAAAAGAAUAUUCCCUUCAUAGUGGGGGACCUCAUCACUUUCUCCUUUGAAUGGUUCAAAAGGAGGGAAUGUACUUACUCAAGUCAAGUGCUUGAGAGGGCCAGACUCAAAUUUUCUGCAAAUAAUUGGUGCAAAAUUUCGUACUAGUGUAAUAGAACAUCAUGUUGAGACUCUUGGCUUAAGCAAUUGAUUUGAACUCAUAGGAAAUUCAUGUGAGCUCAUAAAAGCUCAUAGUAGUUUCUAUGUACAAGAGACUAAUUCAGCCCAAGUAGGAUCAAAGGGUCUCAAGGCAAGCACAAGAGAGCUUAGCUUGCACUGCACUACUUAAAAUGGUCGAAAAUGGAUUUUGGCUAGCUAAAAUCAACAUAGAAAGGUUAAGUUUAGCUCACACUAGCUAGUACUACUUAAGCUUAAUCCAACUCAAUGAAACUAUUCUAGUAGCUCAAGUCCCUUGGACUUAGCUAAGAAAGAUUGAACCUUAGGGAGGCUAGCUAGUUGGAAUAAGCUAAAAUGGUAAGUCAAGAGUUCGGAUUCUUUUUCAGCAAUUAUGUCGCAUUGGGAUUGUGCCUACUCAAUAAUGUGAGCAAUUGAGUGAAUUUGAAUCAUAUAAAGACGGUGAUGCUUGGAAAGACAUUUAAAUUGCGAGAUAUAUGUGGAAGAGGGUGACUAUUGAGUACCUUAUUUAAUUCUAAUUGCCUCGGACAUAAUGUAUAUGUCAAAAUGGACAAGGUUGGUUACUCUUUGCCGGUGUGUUGGAAACAAAUUAAAUCAUCUUUCUCUCCUUCAAACGUCCAAAUUCUCGCAACAAAAUAUAUAUGUCUCCUGACUUAUUAUAGUCACCAUUUCCUAGAAGCAAGAUAGGUGUUGAACGUUUACCAAAUUUAAUCCUUAGUCGACUUCAGGGCGAGAAAGAACCGAAAUCAUCUUUCUCACCUUCAAUAUUCAAACUCUCAUGAUAACACAUACGUGUCUCUUUCUCUUGACUAGUACAUGAUCGAAUUUCGAAUAUCAGUUUCUUAGAUAAAAGUAGGACAACAUAUCCAACAAAUGCGAGGUCACGAAUAAUGCAAUCCACUUCGAUGAAAAUCCAGAUCCCUCUAUAGACAGUUGAACAAAUUAUAUAUCCUCCCUCAUUUGGGCUGCUGAUUCAGAUGCAACAAAUAAAAGCAUACUUAGUCAUGUCAUAGCAUUGUUCUCUUUUGAGUUUCUGUCUCUUUCCUUUGGUUCAUGAACAUGGAACACAACUAUAGGUAAUAAAGGCUAAUAUGUUCCUUCACCACAAAAAGCAGAGAGGAUUGCACAGAAAUAAGAGUCGGAGUAGUGGAUGGAAAGCUAAUAGUCAGUAACUUAUGAUUUUUAAUCCAUCAAUUGUGACAAAGAGACAUGUUUUUUCUCUUAAUGUCGGAAGCCAGGCCCCUACCCCUCUCUUCUCCAAUAUCUGAAAACUCUCUCUCUAGCUAGCUCCAGUAACUCAUUGAUUGUGAAACUAUCUCGAAAAUUAUACCGGAAAAAGGUAGUAAUAAGGUAUUUUGUAAUAAAAUCGUGGUUGAACUGCAAUACAAUAGUUUCAUACUAUUAAACCCACGUAUCAUAUCAUUUGUGAUUUAGCAUUCAAUAUUUCUGAUCCGACCAUAUGAUACGAUAGGGUUUCUAAACAUUGUGGAGUAACUUAAAAUUCAACUGAUGUGAUCACUAUACAUAUAAAUCAAACGGACUGGCCGUGGAUCUCGUGAGUUAACAAUGGUCGGGUGAGAGGGGAGCAUGUUCCACUACCACAUAGUUAAAAGACAGACAGUGUUCUUUUUUCAAGUCGUUAAUGGAAUCAUUCAUGUACAUGUCUUCCUUUUUGUUUUAUGACGAUUGAACAGUUGUUAACAUUGUGUGGUAGAUAUACAGAUGGAUUCUCUCUUCUUCUUCUGCUCCCUCAGCCAACCAAACUGCCUUUUACCCCUCAACUCAGUUCCCAAAAGAAGCUAGCUGACCAAAUAUGAUAUCAUUCCCUGUUGCCUCUCUAAUUUUCUCCAUUCGACAAAGUACUGGAAAGUUUGAUGAGGAAGGAAGACUCCCCACCCAAUGGAGCACUACAAAAGGUGUUGCAAUGGAGCAAAUAAUCGAUAGAGCAAGAGACGUAAAUGACGCACUAACAUGAAAUGUGCUAGUUAGUUCACUUCAUGGAGAACAUAUUUCCUAUUUUAAAUUAAGUUAUUGCAUACAGUAAUAGGGUUGCAGAUUUAUGUACAUAUUCUUCUCGUAAUCCAAAAUGAAAUAAAUGACUUUUCUGGUUGAGCAGAAUCAUCACCUCACUCAACUGUCAUUGAAUAUAUUGCCUAAUGGUUCUUCCUAACUCCAUUUUUUUCGGUAAAUCUUCCUAAUACCCUUUGGAUCGUCUUUAGUACUUGACUAUGUCCGCCUUAAUUAAUUAUUACAAUCUAUAUAUAAAAACAAUGACCGAAUUGUCUAAAUAAAGUGACAAAAUCACACUAAUUUGAUUUCAUCCAUAACUAGAUUUAACACUUUCACACUUUUUCCAUACCAUGUUCAUCUUAAUUAAUUAUUAAUUAUUCCAAAAUUCAUAAGGAAAAAAUAUGAAUUCUAAUUUAGUUGGUUCAAAUCUUGGCACUGAUAUUUUUUUCAAAUAAGAAAUAAACAAUUGCAAUGACAAAUGUACCCUUUCUACUUUCACUCUCCUGACAAAGAUGAGAAUCACAACCAAUCACGCUAAACUAAUUUGUUAGAUCUUUUUAAAUAAAAUUAUACAAGAACCAAAAAUCUGUUUACCAUCAUGAUUAGCUAGCCCACUAAGUCUUCCUUAAGUAUUUUUUUGUGUUUGAUACUUUAAUUUUAUUUUUUAUUAUAUUAUUUCGAGUUCAAUAAUAAUUGUUGUCUAUCUUAUAAAUGGGGGAUAAUUUUAAAACCGCAAAUCAAAUAUCAUUGAUCCGAAUAUUGCAUAUAUCAAAUUGCAAUAUUAAAUAUAUAGAAUGGAUGUGAAAUUCUUAUCUUAAUAUCAAUUUUUAGAACUAUCACGAAGCAACGAUGUUCCGUGCAAACAAUAACUGACCAGUUUUAUGAAAGUUUUUUUUGUCAUUCUGGUUAGUGGCUAAACGCCUAAACCUCAAAUGUCUUCCUAAUAUGGAUGAUUGUACUCAACAGUCAUGAGACGAGAUUGAGUUUAAUGUAUUGGUUCAUUUCACAAUGUUUGGAUGUCUUAGUAAAUUUAUAAGGAUAGGAUAAGUGACUAAGUAAAAAUCACUUGAUCAUUCAUUUUGAUUUUUAGAUAAAUAAAACUGUUUAAAGUUUGAUGUAACUCUAUACUUACUUGGUUGGUUGAAUAAGUUUUAAUUUAUCAAUAUAAUAAUUAGUUUAUCUAUAAUAUUUGGAAUGUUUGAACUAUUUUAUGUUUGGUUUAGAAAUAUACUUAUUUUUUGUGGCAUUAAUGGCAAUUGGUUGCAAUGUAGUAUUUCAUUUGUUAGUCAAAGUCGGGUACUGCGUGCAUUUAUUUUGUGUCUUUUAGAUUGAUGUUAAGAACGGUAUAAACUUGUUCAUACAAAUGGGUAUAGUUAUGAAUUUAAAAAAUUAACAUGUUAAAAUGUUUAUAUAUUCUCUAACAUUAAUUAAUCAGGCCCAUUGGCACCAAAUGUAUCACAAAAUUCAUGACACAAAAACCAAUUUUUAUUUUAAUAUGCACGAGACUUUUUAACUUAUAUAUAUCUUUGAAAUUUACAUUGUUGUUGAUUGUUAAUGAACUUUCCAUCAAAACUAGGGAAUAACUAGGUUGUUUACAGUGCUUACUAAUUUGAGACAUGUAAUUGACGGAACAUAUUUAGUUAGGUGACUAUAUUGUUCUUAGUUGUGACAUGAGUUCAAACAAAUAAACGUAAAGGAUAACUAUAGUAUAUGCGACAAAUAAAUAGUUAAAUAUGAUAGAGUUCUACGUAUAAAUAUAAGUGAGAGAGCUAUGAAUGAAUUUAAUAGCCAUACUAGAUAAAAUUUGAGUUCCUUUAAUUUUUUGCAAGAGUUAGAGUUGGCAAUUUUUUCGUACCAAUGUUUUAUAUAGCCAUUUAUUGAAAGCGUCAACAAUAAGAUUUUUCGACAAGCUGCCUGCAAAUGCAACCCAGGUUCAACUUUGGAGCGAUUCUCCAAUUUAGCUUGCAAUAUUUGCACAUUCAUCCUAUCUCGAAUUCAUCAUUAGACAACUCUCCUUGCUUUUGAGAUUUGUGUCGUUGCCAUCCUCAAGUGCUGACGAUACUACUCAAACCCUGAAUUCGUCCAUGCCAACUUCAGUAGCUCCAGUGAUUCAUGUGCUUAGAGUUUUAUCAUAACUGAAUAGUUUUAGAAAACAAAGUUGGCCAUAAUUGCUUUCUGUAAUGAACCCUUAAGCUUAUGUUGUUAAAUCUAUAUAGUUAAACUUACUAAAAUUAGUUAUUUGUCCACUACUAUUUCAAAUAUCCAUGCUAAACUAAAAUUAUACCAAUGAAUGCAAACUUUUGCUCAAAUAAAUAGUUAAAUUCACAUGCUCUAUCACAAGCGUUGAAUUUAAGGUGCUAUUGAGGGACUAUGGAUUGCUUGGGAGAAAGGGUACAGGAAAGACUAGCUCAAAUAGGACUCGACUGCUGCAAUCGAUAUUGCCAAAACCUAUUUUGAUGAUCAUCAUCGUCACGGGAUCCUUGCAAGACAGUCUACGUCCUACUUAUCUGGAGUGGGAGGUAUGAAUAGAUAAUGUGUAUAGAGAAGCUAAUUUGCAGCUGAUUUCUUAGCUAAUAGGAGUCACUUUGUUAAUUUUGGCACACAUCGCUUCAUAUGUGUGUGAUCCUGGUCUUGGAUGAUGGUUGUUACACGAUAUCAUGGACAUUGCUCAUGAUCGUUCUAUUCUUAAUAUGAAUUAGACGCUAUUACGUCAAUCUUUCAACAAAAGAAAAUAUUUAAAUUCAUUUCCCUCAUUCACAUUGAAAAUGGUAAAAAAAAUUAAAAAAUACAUGUCAAUGUUCUUAUAUUAUAUGUAAUUAUAUAAUUCGUGUCAUGAUAAACAAAAAAAAUAUACAAAUUGAAAAAAGGAAUUCAUGUAUACAUUGAAUUCCAUCAAAGUACGAUCAUUUUCUUUUAUGGUGAAGAUUGAUUAUGUAUGUAUUAUAGGAAGCAACUCACACAUUAUAUAUAGCCUGUUUAUAUGUGCUAUUUUGUUUGAAAACAUACCUGUUACUAUUGGAUGCAUUCCUUUGUUGGUCAUUUUGACUUUCUCAUGUUUUCAAUACGUUCCAAGUAUACUCAAAGUAAUUUAAGUGUUUGACUAUAAAGUUCAUAGCCAAAUGCCAAACAAAACACACAUCAUUAGUAUAAAUGACACAUAUAAAUGACACAUACAAAUUACAUAACCAUCGAACUUUACCGGCCAACAGACCGGGCCCUACGCUAGUUACAAUCAAAGCCUUUCCCCAGUAUGGCAGUAUCCAAACUCGACCCAGUGGUCUACAAUCUACAAGGCCCAAACUUGUCAAUAUCAAAAGUCAAAGAACAACAUGGACUCCUGAAUCCUGGUCCAAUAGUAUAAUGCGUGGCCUUCUCCCUUUUACCUCAUGUCACUUCGAUGACUCAAGUCCUUGUGUGUAUUUUUUUUUUUAACGUAAUAGCCUCCCUUCCAUGACGUUACAGUAACUACCCUUUCAUCCCACACGAACUAGGUAUUGAUAGUGUAUUGUUAAUUAUCACUAGCUUAUAACCGGCCCUUUGGCCGGAAUACUCAUAUUUGAUUAUUUUUAUUUUUAUGUUACUUUUAAGUCUAUUAACCCGUUUAAUCUUAUUGAUAAUCAUUCGAUCGAGAUGAUACAUAAAGAAAUAAUAUAUAGGUCGAACAUUCGGAGAAAUAUCAUAAUCAUUUAAGAAUAUAAAAUAUAAAAAUGUAUCAUUGACUCCAUUUUCAUAAUGCUAAUUAAGUCCCUGUUAAAAUGCUAUUGGUUAGUAUUUUUUUACAGUCAAGAAACAUAGAGUAUAAAAGCUCACUGAAAUUCUCACACACCCCAUAAGAUAGUUUGAAACUAAAUCUUAAACCUCACAAUCCUAUAUAAAGGGUUCAAUGCUCUCCUUUUAGAAACAAUAUGUCACUAAUAAAAAAAAUGGAGAGUUGUUGAUUCAAGUCAUCUAUAUACUAAAAAUUCAGCUAAGAGGGGAGCAUCACAACUUGAGAGCAAACGGAAAAAAUCAGGGUUAUCUCCAAUAUGCGAAUAGACUCGAUCAAAGUAAUAAGGCGCAAAAUUUGACACUCCUUAUCUAUUAGUUCCAGUAGGUUGAAUAAAGAAGCGACCUAUUUCAAACAAUCAAUCAAUGAUUCCUCGUUUUAAGAUAGAAAUAGGUUGUGACAGUUGCAAAAACCAUAAACCUAAAGAUCCAAUAGCCACCACUCUCUGUUGUACAACCAAAUUUCUAUCUCAAGAGGCAUAUAUUCAACCAAAAAUUCAAUUUCUAAUCUUCCUUCUACAACUUCAGUUAUUGAUGAACUCCAUUCUAUUCGCCAUGAAUUGAUAUCGGAGUUGAAAUCUUCUACUCGCCCAGCUUAAAAUCCCAACAAUAAAACCGUAGUGCCAAG